CCACCACUGGAAGGGAUGAGGGAAGGGACCGAGUCAGGCUCCGCCCCCCUCCAGGAGUCACAGGCACCUUGGGUCGGUCCGGAGCUCGGCAGGCCGACUACUCCCCAGCACCCAGGGCUGCAGCCGCACUCCCAGCCCCCCUCAUCCCGCAGCGAGCCCCAGGAACUCCUCAACCCAGGACGGCCGACCCCUCCGGUCCCGUGGAAAUGCCCGCUCCCUAGAACCCGGAGCACGUCAGCUUUGACCCGAAAGGACUUGGAAAGCCGGCCCGCCCAAACUCCGACCCCGACUAGCCAGGCCUGGGGAUCCCGUCGGUCCUGUUACCCAUCAUGCCCCUGCAGUGGGUCGGAUCCGAGCCUCCGGCCAAGAAAGAGGAGAGCCGAACUGGGCGCGGUUAAUUGUGCGCAUGCGUCAGCGCCCCAUGCGGACUGGCUUCACCCCACCUCUUCCUCUUUCUCCCUCUCGGCGCCGGCACGCAGCGCCCUCUUCUGACAAGGAGGAAAUAAUGCGUCUAGGAGCAUCCUCGGCCACCGCCCUGGUCCACAGCCUUCCCCUGUACCCAGUGGGUCCGCCGCCUCUCAGUACAAGCUGCACUUACGUCUUCAAGUCAUUGGGCACAUGGCCUCUAUCCUGUAGCCCAUCAGUGUCUUCUCUGCCGUUCAUUUAUGUCACCUCUAGCGCAUGUUCCUAAACCUACCUGCCACGCUUACUGCCUCAACAUCUCAUGUGGGUUCUUGCCCAACCCAAACUGAAGCGCUCCCAACCUGGAGCUCAUCUUCCUCUAACACUAGCCUCUUGCUAUACUAUGAGGAAAAAUAAGAGCUAACGAAGAAUUCUAACAUCAGACAUGCAAAUACCAUUCCAUGUUACCCAACCCCCGUGAACGCCUUUCCAAAACCACGUGGGGUUUUGGAACUAUUUCCCACCCACCCCCCACCCCGACGGGCGCCGUUCAAGGCUGGUCCCUGGAGCAUGCGCAGUGACACCUCACCCCCACCCCUCCCCACACCCCCACCGGGCUCCUGCAUUAAGCCCGGGGUUCGCAGCCGCAGCCGGGAUCAGGCACCCGGGGGCGGGCGGGCACGGUAGGGCCAUGGCUGAGGGUGAGGAUAUGCAGACCUUCACUUCCAUCAUGGAUGCACUGGUUCGCAUCAGUACAAGCAUGAAGAACAUGGAGAAAGAACUGCUGUGCCCAGUGUGUCAAGAGAUGUACAAGCAGCCACUGGUGCUGCCCUGUACCCACAACGUGUGCCAGGCCUGUGCUCGGGAGGUGUUGGGCCAGCAGGGCUACAUAGGCCAUGGUGGGGACCCGAUCUCGGAGCCCACGUCUCCUGCCUCCACCCCUUCUACCCGCAGCCCCCGCCUCUCCCGCAGAACUCUCCCCAAGCCAGAUCGCUUGGACCGGCUGCUUAAAUCAGGCUUUGGGACAUACCCCGGGCGGAAGAGAGGUGCUUUGCACCCCCAGGUGAUCAUGUUCCCAUGCCCGACCUGCCAGGGUGACGUGGAGCUGGGGGAGCGGGGCCUGGCGGGGCUUUUCCGGAACCUGACCCUAGAGCGUGUGGUGGAGCGGUAUCGCCAGAGUGUGAGCGUAGGAGGCGCCAUCCUGUGCCAGUUGUGCAAGCCCCCACCACUAGAGGCCACCAAGGGCUGCACAGAGUGUCGUGCCACCUUCUGCAAUGAGUGCUUCAAGCUCUUCCACCCCUGGGGCACCCAGAAGGCCCAGCAUGAGCCCACCCUGCCCACCCUCUCCUUCCGCCCCAAGGGCCUGAUGUGCCCAGACCACAAGGAAGAGGUGACCCACUACUGCAAGACAUGUCAACGGCUGGUAUGCCAACUCUGCCGGGUGCGACGCACCCACAGCGGGCACAAGAUCACACCAGUGCUCAGCGCUUACCAGGCCCUCAAGGACAAGCUGACAAAGAGCCUGACAUACAUCCUGGGAAACCAGGACACGGUACAGACCCAGAUCUGUGAGCUGGAGGAGACCGUCAGGCACACUGAGGUGAGUGGUCAGCAGGCGAAGGAGGAGGUGUCACAGCUGGUACGGGGGCUGGGGGCUGUGCUGGAGGAGAAGCGGGCAUCGCUGCUUCAGGCCAUUGAAGAAUGUCAGCAGGAGCGGCUGACCCGUCUCAGCGCCCAGCUCCAGGAGCACCGGAGCCUGCUGGACGGCUCAGGCCUGGUGGGCUAUGCCCAGGAAGUGCUUAAGGAGACAGACCAGCCUUGCUUUGUACAAGCAGCCAAACAGCUGCACAACAGAAUUGCCAGAGCCACUGAGGCCCUCCAGACAUUCCGACCAGCUGCCAGCUCCUCCUUCCGCCAUUGCCAGCUGGAUGUGGGGCGUGAGAUGAAGCUGCUGACAGAGCUCAGCUUUCUUCGAGUGCCCGAGGCACCCGUCAUUGACACCCAGCGCACCUUUGCCUAUGAUCAGAUCUUCCUGUGCUGGCGGCUGCCCCCCCACUCACCACCUGCCUGGCACUACACGGUCGAGUUCCGUCGCACUGAUGUGCCUGCCCAGCCGGGCCCCACCCGCUGGCAGCGGCGGGAGGAGGUGAGGGGCACCAGUGCUCUCCUUGAGAACCCUGACACAGGCUCUGUGUACGUGCUGCGUGUCCGGGGCUGCAACAAAGCCGGGUACGGCGAGUACAGCGAAGACGUACACCUGCACACACCCCCAGCACCUGUUCUGCACUUCUUCCUCGAUGGCCGCUGGGGUGCGAGCCGCGAGCGGCUGGCUAUCAGUAAGGACCAGCGAGCAGUGCGGAGUGUCCCCGGGCUGCCCCUGCUGCUGGCUGCUGAGCGGCUGCUGACUGGCUGUCACCUGAGUGUGGAUGUGGUCCUGGGCGAUGUAGCUGUGACCCAGGGCCGCAGCUACUGGGCCUGUGCCGUAGACCCUGCCUCCUACCUGGUCAAGGUGGGCGUCGGGCUGGAGAGCAAGCUUCAGGAAAGCUUCCAGGGUGCCCCGGAUGUGAUCAGCCCCAGGUAUGACCCGGACAGCGGGCAUGACAGCGGUGCAGAGGAUGCCACCGUGGAGGCGUUACCACCCUUUGCUUUCCUAACCAUCGGCAUGGGCAAGAUCCUGCUGGGGUCUGGAGCAAGUUCAAAUGCAGGGCUGACAGGGAGGGAUGGCCCGGCUGCCAGCUGCACAGUGCCCCUGCCACCCCGCCUGGGUAUCUGCUUGGACUAUGAGCGGGGUCGGGUCUCUUUCCUGGAUGCUGUGUCCUUCCGGGGGCUCCUCGAGUGCCCCCUGGACUGCUCAGGGCCUGUGUGCCCUGCCUUCUGCUUCAUAGGGGGUGGUGCGGUACAGCUGCAGGAGCCUGUGGGCACCAAGCCGGAGAGGAAAGUCACCAUUGGAGGCUUCGCCAAGCUAGACUGAUCCUUUCCGACGGCUCUGUCGACCUGGAGUCUCACUGGGCCCUGGCUUCCCCGAGCCUCCCACACUGGGUUGUUUCCCCAGCAACAUCUCCCCCAACUCUUCCUGACAUGUGGUCCUGCCCCUCACCUUCUGUCUGUGUCUUCCCAGGGCUUUCUCUUGACCAAGGGACUCUCCUCAGCUCACCUCUCUGGAUGCCCCCCAUUCUCUCCAUUGCCUGUUAGUUAGCCCCAGCCCCCAUGCCCACCAAGCCUCCGCCCCUUGCCUUGCCCUUGGCAUCUUACCCAAAUCAUGGAGAGAGCCCCUUCCUCACCCUUGUCUUGUGCCAAGGCUGACUGGGAGGGAGGGCGCCUGGAAUACUGGGCAUGAUCCCCAGCUCUGCCCUUUGCCUUGCCAAACUCCCUGCCCCGUUGAUGCUGAACUACGUACAGCCUUGGGGCAGACGGGCUUUUGGUCUCCCGAGUGGGGACAGGACCCUAUCAUCCUGCUUUAUUUGGGUCUCCCCUACCCCCCAGCCGCAUGCCCCUUACCUCCCUCUUUUCCCGCCUGCAUGCUUUACCUGUCCCGUACCCAUGCCAACUUGCCAAGUCUCCCUUGGGGACCCGGCUGAGGCUGGAUGUUCCUGCUGGGUUGGGCCAGGCAAGGCGUCUCGUGCUUGCUGCUGCCUCCCUGCAGUGGGCACUCUAGACCUGUGCCAAGCAACAGCUGUAACUUUCAUGGUUUAUAACAAUAAACUGUGACGCCAGGCACAUUUCUGCCUUC